AUGACAGAACGCCAUCCAAAAAGCAGAGCGGGGUGUUUGGAGUCAAGAUCAACGUGGUCACAAAGCGUGAGCGCUCCAAGGUGCCUUACAUCGUCCGCCAGUGCAUUGAGGAAGUGGAGAAGAGGGGGAUUAGCAUUCGACACAAGCAAGGCCUCCACUUUGUUUCCUAGCUCUGUACCACUAGAUACCAAAGACAUCCUGGUGAUGCUGAGUGACAUGGACAUCAACGCCAUCGCAGGAACGCUUAAGCUGUAUUUCAGGGAGCUGCCGGAGCCUCUUCUCACAGACCGUCUCUACCCAGCCUUUAUGGAGGGCAUAGCUCUCUCAGACCCUGCAGCCAAGGAAAACUGCAUGAUGCACCUUCUGCGCUCUCUGCCCGACCCCAACCUCAUGACCUUCCUCACUCUGCUGGAGCACCUGAAAAGGGUGGCUGAGAAGGAGCCCGUCAACAAAAUGUCCCUCCAUAACCUGGGCACCGUGUUCGGACCCACCCUGCUCCGGCCCUCUGAGUCAGAAAGCGCCAAGGGACAGCACAUCACGUGCGCCUCCGACAUCUGGUCACAUGAUGUCAUGGCACAGGUCCAGGUGUUGCUCUAUUACCUGCAGCAUCCUCCGAUCUCCUUCGCCGAACUCAAGCGCAACACGCUCUACUUCUCCACUGACGUCUAA